AUGGUGCCCCAUCUGGAUAGUUCAGCGGGGCCGCAACAUCGAACCUCAAUACCCGAAGCCCCCAUCACUGCAGAUUACAGGGCGCAUAUCCCUCAUGCGGACUCGAAACUCUUGAAUUCAGGUAUUGUACAGACCAAUUUCGCGCCUACCGCGGAUGCACCUUAUGGAACAGAAAAAGAUGGAUGGGCCAAACAACACCAGCAUCAGACAGUUCUGGAGCAACACUGCUCAUUCUUUGACCCAGAUAGCGAUGGGGUGAUCUGGCCCACUGACACCUACCGUGUGUGUCGAUCCUUUGAUUGGAAGAUCAUUACCUCGCUCUUUUUCACCGCAUUUUUACACAGCGUUCAGUCCUACAACACUGCACCGAGCAUUCUACCUGAUCCAUUCUUCAGACUUUACGUCAAGAGAGCAUAUAUGAAUAAACACGGGAGUGGAACAGGCACAUUCGACUCAGAAGGACGCUUUCGUCCCCAGCCCUUUGAGGACUUUUUUGCAAAGUUUGAUCGAGAUGGCAAAGGAGGACUAACGAAAUGGGAACUAUGGCAUGGUUUGAGGAGGUCAAGGCAUGCAUUUGACUUCUUUGGCCAAGUGUCUGCAAUGUUCGAAUGGGGAUUUGCUUGGGUUCUCAUCUGGCCUGAAGAUGGGAUAUUGCGGAAAGAGGAUGUGAGGAGAUUGCUUGAUGGGAGCUUAUAUCAUGAGAAAGUUGCAGCCAAAGGCGAUGCAUGCCCGGGACUCGAUGGUAAAUCGUUGGAUGGGUCUACACCGAGAUCUGCCUCAACCUAA